AUGGCUGGAGAGCACGAAGCCGCGAUUCUCCCUCAGAAGGGUGGUCCCUUCGCCCUUGGCAAGCGCCUAACCCCAGAACCCGGUCCGAACGAUGUUCUCAUCGAAGUCAAAGCCGUUGCCUUGAACCCCUGCGAUCAUUACCAGCGUGACUACGGCAUGCCCCCCGUGCCUAUAUACCCCGCUAUCAUUGGAUCUGAUAUUGCUGGUAUUGUUGCCAAGCUAGGCUCGAAUGUUACGACUGUGCCAGGUCCAGGAAGUCGAGUGAUUGCCUUUGCCUCUUCAUUCUACCAAAAUGGCUCUCCUAACCACGGUGCCUUCCAAAAGUACACUUUGGCACAAUCCGAAGCUGUCACCUCACUUCCAGACAAUCUGUCUUUCGAGGAAGGUGCGAUCUUACCCAUGGCCGUCUUGACAGCCUUGACUGCCUGGACCACAAUCGGCAUUCCGCUCGAUACUAGAUACACUCCUGCAGACAAUCAAGCAGUCUUGAUCUGGGGCGCAUCUAGCAGUGUAGGUACUCUCGCCGUUCAAUCGGCUAAGACGCUCGGCUAUACUGUCUACGCCACUGCCAGUCCGAAGCACCAUGACCUUAUCAAGAAGCUGGGAGCGCAUGCGGUUUUCGAUUACAAGGAAAGCGACGUCGUCUCCCAGAUCGUCAGCGCUGUGAAGAACGAUGGCGUCAAGCUGCACAGUGCACACUGCGUUGUUGAUGGAGCUCUGCAGCCAACACUAGAUAUCCUCAGGGAGACCAAAGGCGAUGCACACGCUAAGGUUGCACACUCGCGCCUUCUCCCAGAAGGUCACCCUACCCUUGAGAACACCCAGAUCACGUUCAAUUCACCACCUAUGGACGAAGCUGCGAGAGGAGAGCACAUCAAAGAUGUCUUCCAUGGAUGGCUGAAGGCUGGUCUGCAGUCUGGUGAAGUAAUACCCAGUCCCACUAUCCAGGUCGAGGGCGGUGGUCUGGGCGGAGUGCACGCAGCUCUGGACAAGCUUAAGAGUGGUGUUAGUGGCACUAAGAUUGUUGUGCCGAUCUAA